ACUGGCAAAUAUAAUGAUGGUUCUUUCUGAAUGACACGUAUGAGAGUUUAGAAAACAGCCAAUUCAUAGCCAUUUGCUGUAUGGAGGCAACAUUUCACGUUAGGACUAAGUAUCUAUAAUUAGAGCUAACAUGAGAAGUAUUUGAUAAAGAAAUAGUUGCGUCCAUUAAAGGGACAGCAUCGCGACGACAUAGAGAAAUAAAUGUGCGUUUCGUAAACAUUUUAUGUUAUUGAAGAAUCGGAUGGAAAAUAGUCUUAACCGACGACUCUCUUUGAGGAAAGGAUGGGGAAAGGCAUUUGCUCGAGACGACAGAGAAGAAUAUUUCAGUCUUUCUUACUUCUCAUCUUUGUCUGCGGGACGUUAUGCGCCUUCAUGAUCUCGUAUGAGAUGCAUAAAGAGUUGAAAAAGACAGAGGCGACAGCAUUGAAGUACCAACAGCAUCAGGAGUCACUUUCUGCACAGCUGCAAGUGGUAUACGAGCAUCAUUCUAAACUAGAAAAAUCCCUCCAGAAAGAGCGACUUGAGCAUAAGAAGGCUGAAGAGGAUUUCCUUUUGUUUAAACGGGAAUCACAAAAGGCCCUCAACAAAGAAAAGCAAGAGUCGACCUAUCGACUGAAUGCUCUGCAGACGGAGCACCAAAUCCUAAAGGCCCAGCAUGAAGACUUAAGAAUGCAAUAUUAUGAACUUCAAGAGAAACACCAAAAUCAAGGGGAAGAUCACGAACAUGUUCUGGAUGAGCACAGGCAGGAAAUGGACCACUUGCAGAGGGAGAAGGAGGUUGAUAUAUCCAGACUGAAAGAGAAUGUAUACAAUCUUCAAGAGGAGAACAGACAGCUGCGGAAAGCUCAUCAGGACAUCUACACACAGUUACUUGACGUGCGGGAGCAGCACAAGAACCUAAAAGCUUCAAAAGAUCAUCUUUCACUCACAUUAGAAGACCAUAAAAAUGCACUUGUUGCAGCCCAGGGUGCAGCUUCAGCCGUAAUGACUACAGAUGUGUUCCCAUCCUGACAGUUGACCCUGUCUUCAGGUGGAAGAACUGAGGCAAUUAAAGGAGAAUCGCUAUAAAGCAUCCAAUGCAGUCCAAGCAGCUAAGAUCCAUACAUUACCCAGUGCAACCACACACAGCCAUGAACUGGAGGC